AAGACUGAACUGCAAAGUGAAGAGACGCAAAGGUGGGGAAAAAUCAUCGUCUCGGACCUCGGUGUGGUCCGUCGCUGUCAAGUCAACGCACAAUACACGACUCCAUUCGGAACGCUAAACAAGUGGGACUCUCAUUGAGAACACGUCAGUGAUAUUCACGGCUACAAAGAUUUGUAAGACUUUUUGCUAUCCGGUGAGUUUGAGAAUUUUGCAGCUUUUAACCAGAACGAUUCUGCUCGAUAAUAAAAAAGAAUAUUACAGCAAAAUGUCCAAUAUUGGAAAUUUGGAGCAAAAAAUUGCAAGCUUGCACUUAAACCAUGAUGGCAAAUCUUCAGCACCACAGUCGGGUAAAAAAGUUAGACCUGCUGUGCCCCCAAAACCAAAAAAAUCACAGCCACAGGUGCCACAAAGUUAUUCAAUAAAGGCUGCAUCCAUUCCAUCAUAUAGUACAGUAUUGAACAAUACUGGAUCUACUGAUAAAUCAACAAACCUGUACAUGAAUUCUCCAGUACCAUUCAUUCCACAUAGCGUAGAGAAGACUGAUUAUCCUUGCUCUAUGCCAUUAAAUGGAACAAAUACUUCUAAAAUCUAUCAAAACAAUGAGAAUUUUUACACGAAUCAAUCACCGGAGAAAUUUGAUACAAUGUACAGAUACGAUGAUAAGAACUUUUAUUCAAACAUUGGUAAUCUGCCAGGACCACAAGUGCCAAUCACAAGUGAUAGAUCAAAUAGAUCAACUAGAAAUGCAGUUUACAGCAACGUAGAACCUGCCAUUCCUAUACCUGUUCCUAAACCCAUACAGAAGGAAAAAGAUAUUAUUUACAGUAAUAUUCAAUGGAAUGCUACUAAACCUGAAAAUACCUACUGCAAUAUACCAGGUCCAGGCCACAACUCUGAUGAUUUACCACCACCCCCUGAACCUUUAGAAUAUAUUUCUUGCAUACCUGGUAAUUCCUUUCCUUCACCUCCCGAAGAACUCCCACCUCCACCAAGUCCUGUGUCAUCCAGUUACAGUGAAUUAAGAAGAGCAACUUAUCAAACAGAUUUUGUAUCCGAAACCUACCCGAAUGAUAUUUAUGGCCCAAGCUCUCAAUCUAGCUCCACUUAUGAAUCAAUUUAUGAACCAAUAAAUCCAAGGCCACCAUCUCAACUGUCUUGUAAUUACUCGGUUUACUCUGGAUAUGGUUCUGCUUCUCAGCCACAAGGAAAAGUUUCUCCAGUAAAAGAAGUAGAUGCAUUGACAGAUCUGUUAGUGCAAGGAAUGGAAGAUAAUGCAGAAGACAGUGAUAUUUUCGGUAUAUGUGCACAAUGUGGAAAAAAAGUUGAAGGAGAAGGAACUGGAUGUUCUGCCAUGGAUAAAGUAUUUCAUAUAAGCUGUUUCUGUUGUUAUGUUUGCAAUGUCAAUCUGCAAGGGAAACCGUUCUACCCACUUGAAGGAAAGCCUUACUGUGAAGAUGAUUACUUGAAUACUCUGGAAAAAUGUUGCGUCUGCACUCGACCAAUUUUACACAGAAUUCUACGAGCUACAGGAAAACCAUAUCACCCCUCGUGCUUUACUUGCGUCGUUUGUGGUCAAAGUUUGGAUGGAAUUCCAUUCACUGUCGAUGCGACAAAUCAAAUACAUUGCAUACAAUGUUUCCAUAAGAAAUUUGCUCCGCGAUGCUGCGUAUGUAAAUUACCAAUUAUGCCUGAAUCUGGCGAUGAAGAAGAAGAGACUGUUCGUGUUGUUGCACUAGAUAGAAGUUUCCACACUCAAUGCUACAAAUGCGAAGAUUGCGGAUUAGUUUUAUCAUCUGAUUCAGAAGGUGGAUGCUACCCAUUGGAUGACCAUGUCUUAUGCAAAAGUUGCAACGCUAGAAGAGUGCAAACUUUAACGUCGCAUAUGACAACUGAACUAUAAAAAGUAAAUAUUGUUAUUCUUGACACGCAAUCGAUAACUAAUAAAUUGGGUUAACAUUUAUUAUACAUUAUCGUAAUACUUUUUUAUUCCAAUUUUGUAAUGACUAAAUAACAUUUCGAGGUUUUUAAAAUUUUUUUACAUACAUAAACUUUUUAUAAGUGCAUUUAUAAUAUAUAUAAAUAUAUAAAUUUAGAUUUGUUCUAACUACAAUAUGCAGAAAGUGAGCCUGUUAAAUUAUAAAACAAAAAAAAUAACAGUUACGCAUCGACUUUUUUUGUAAACAACUGUAAAUAAAUAAAAUACGUUUAUAUUGUUAGACGAAUUAAAAGAAUUUAUAGAGAAUCAAUUGCUUUUAUAAAUGCAUAUACAGAUAUUGAGUGAUUUAUUACUUCUGCGUGAAGAAAUUAUUUAUAGUUAUUUUAUAAAAUCAGUGUUAAUACCAUACAUCCGACAAUGAUUUUGAAAAAUAUUAACAUCAAAUUUAACGUAAGGCAUUCUAUAGCUAUAAUGUUGCAAUACAUAUAGGAAUGCUGUUAAUAAAAUGAACAAACAUGCAUCUAUGUAUCAAGUCAAGAAUAAUAUUUAUAAGAUAUAAGUAAGUAUCUAUCUGUAAAUUACUGGUAGAAAAAUUGUGAUGUCUUUAGAUGUAAUGGUAAACUAUACGUUAUUAUUGUAAACGAAACUAUGAAUGUUAUACAUGCUUGGUAAAGAUUCACGCAUAAAUAAAGCCUAUAAAAAUUAA